AUGAGGGACAGCGGGUUUGGCAGCAGUGAUGGACAGGCACUGGUAUCUGUAAGGGAUUGCGCCACACGGAAUGGGCGCGACAUGACCUUGGAGGCGGGGGCUAGGAGGGGCCGGACCGUAUUUUUCUUGAACGGGCAAAUACGCUGGAAGCGGUGUGUGGGACGUUAUCCGCGGGUGUGUGUGGGUGUGGAGUUGAACGAGAGACCGGUGUGCGCGACAGAAUUGGGGACUUUAGGGGGCUUUAAUAAGGAAAAUAGAUGGUGGUGGCUAGUGUGGAAAUGCGUGAUUGUCUUCGCUGUUGGGAUAAGAGAGCAAAAAAUUGAUGCGGGGGGGAUGUGCAGCGUUUCGGCAUUAUUGCCCGCUGUGGUCCUGGGUGGACAGCGGGUUUUGCAGGGGUUGGAUCAGAAGUUGGGGAGAAUGAGCGGGAGGUCAGGCAGCGAUGGAGGCGGCAAUUCCCUGGAUUGCCUGCCAGAAAGACUAACAACGCCCUUGUGA